GGUUAGAUAGAAGCAGUGUGAGCACACAUAUAGAGAGAGAAGGGGGGAGAGAGAGAGAGAGAGAGACUGUGUCUGUUGAUGGGCGGAGAGACGCCCAUCACUUCACGGAUUCUGGGGAGGAGACGAAGGCAUCUACUUCCGGUGUAGGAGGAGACCUUUUCUCCUUGAGAGGGCACAGAGAUCGCUCUGGUUUUUCUGUGCUUUCUGCCUUGUCGUAAUCUUCCGAGAUCUCGUUGUUUCUUCCCAAAUCGGGAGCCAUGGAGGCCAAUGCUGGAAUGGUGGCUGGUUCUCGCAACCGAAACGAGUUUGUGAUGAUCCGCCAUGAUUCGGAUAGUGGGCCUAAACCACUUAAGCAUUUGAGCGCCCAAGUUUGUCAGAUUUGUGGAGACACUGUUGGCUUAACAGCCAAUGGGGAUCCUUUUGUUGCUUGCAACGAAUGUGCUUUCCCUGUUUGCCGCCCUUGCUAUGAAUAUGAGAGGAAAGAUGGAAAUAGAUCUUGUCCACAAUGCAAGACCCGAUACAAGAGGCAGAAAGGGAGUCCCCGAGUCGAGGGAGACGAUGAUGAAGACGAUGUUGAUGAUCUUGAAAAUGAGUUCAACUAUACAAAUCGAAACUCCAAACCGCUGAAACCAUGGCACAUGUAUGUACAAGGAGAAGAUGACUUGGCAACUGCCUCCAGACAGGAGUCGCAGCGCCCUAUUCCUCUCCUUACCAAUGGGCAGCCGGUAUCUGGAGAAAUACCUGAUGCAACUCCUGAACAUCAAUCUGUGGCAACUCAACAUUCAGGCCCACUAGGAUCUGAGAAGCGAGCCCAUUACAUUGACCCCAGCCUUCCUGUUCCAGUUAGAACCGUCGAUCCCUCAAAGGAUCUGAACUCCUAUGGGCUCGGCAGUGUUGACUGGAAAGAACGCGUCGAAGGUUGGAAACUUAAACAGGAAAAAAGCAUGAUGCAGGUAGCCAGUAGAUAUACUGAUGGAGGGAAAGGAGAUAUGGAAGGAACUGGUUCAAAUGGAGAGGAUCUGCAAAUGGCUGAUGAUGCUCGACAACCUUUAAGUAGAAUUGUGCCCCUUCCUCCUUCUCAUCUGACUCCUUACAGGGUUGUAAUUGUACUUCGUCUGAUUAUAUUGGGAUUUUUCCUCCAAUAUCGUAUCACUCACCCUGUUUCUAAUGCAUAUCCCCUAUGGCUCACUUCUGUAAUCUGUGAGAUUUGGUUUGCUCUGUCAUGGCUUCUUGAUCAGUUCCCAAAAUGGUUCCCUAUUAACCGGGAAACUUACCUUGAUAGACUUGCAUUGAGAUAUGACAGAGAAGGGGAGCCUUCACAGUUGGCUCCUAUUGAUGUGUUUGUCAGUACAGUGGAUCCACUGAAAGAGCCACCUCUUGUUACCGCAAACACUGUGCUCUCCAUCCUUGCUGUAGACUACCCUGUUGACAAAGUAUCAUGUUAUGUUUCUGAUGAUGGUUCAGCAAUGCUGACAUUUGAGUCCCUUGCUGAGACAUCAGAAUUUGCAAGGAAGUGGGUCCCCUUUUGCAAGAAGCACAGCAUUGAACCUAGGGCUCCAGAAUUUUAUUUUGCUCAAAAGAUUGACUACUUGAAAGAUAAGAUACAACCUUCAUUUGUAAAAGAGCGAAGAGCAAUGAAGAGGGAGUAUGAAGAGUUCAAAGUGCGGAUUAAUGCUCUUGUUGCCAAGGCACAAAAGAUGCCUGAAGAGGGAUGGACAAUGCAGGAUGGCACCCCAUGGCCUGGAAACAACCCUAGAGAUCAUCCUGGCAUGAUUCAGGUAUUUUUGGGCCACAGUGGAGGGCUUGAUACUGAUGGAAAUGAGCUACCCCGUCUUGUCUACGUCUCUCGUGAGAAGCGCCCAGGAUUCCAGCAUCACAAGAAAGCCGGUGCUAUGAAUGCAUUGAUACGGGUCUCUGCAGUCCUGACAAAUGGUGCGUAUCUUCUGAAUGUUGAUUGCGACCACUACUUCAACAACAGUAAGGCACUUAGAGAAGCAAUGUGCUUCAUGAUGGAUCCUGCUCUGGGCAAGAAAACAUGUUACGUGCAGUUCCCUCAGCGUUUCGAUGGUAUUGAUUUACACGAUCGAUAUGCCAAUCGAAACAUAGUGUUUUUCGAUAUAAACAUGAAAGGUUUGGAUGGUAUCCAAGGACCAGUUUACGUGGGUACUGGUUGUUGCUUCAACAGGCAGGCUUUAUAUGGAUAUGACCCGCUAUUGACUGAGGCUGAUUUGGAGCCAAAUAUUGUUCUUAAAAGUUGCUGUGGGCCGAGGAAGAAGGGCAAAAGCAAGAAGUAUAUAGAUAAGAAGCGGCAAGUGAAAAGGACUGAAUCCUCCAUCCCUAUUUUCAACAUGGAAGAUAUUGAAGAAGGUGUAGAAGGUUUUGAUGAUGAAAGGUCCCUUCUUAUGUCCCAAAAAAGCCUGGAAAAGAGGUUUGGACAGUCCCCCGUCUUUAUUGCAUCUACUUUCAUGGAAAAUGGUGGCAUACCCCCUUCAACAAAUCCAGCUUCACUGCUGAAAGAAGCGAUUCAUGUCAUCAGCUGCGGGUAUGAGGACAAGACAGAAUGGGGGAAAGAGAUUGGAUGGAUUUAUGGCUCGGUUACGGAAGAUAUCUUGACUGGGUUCAAAAUGCAUGCUCGAGGCUGGAUAUCGAUCUACUGCAUGCCUCCACGUCCUGCAUUUAAAGGUUCUGCGCCAAUUAACCUUUCUGAUCGUCUAAACCAAGUGCUGCGGUGGGCUCUUGGUUCGGUGGAAAUUCUUCUUAGCAGGCAUUGCCCCAUCUGGUACGGUUACAGCGGAAGGUUGAAGUUGUUGGAGAGGCUGGCCUAUAUCAACACCAUCGUGUAUCCUCUUACUUCCAUACCUCUAAUUGCUUAUUGUGUCCUCCCAGCUAUCUGUCUUCUGACUGGAAAAUUUAUCAUUCCUGAGAUUAGCAACUAUGCAAGUGCGUGGUUCAUUUUGCUCUUCAUCUCCAUUGCUGCUACCGGCAUUCUAGAACUUCGGUGGAGUGGAGUUGGAAUCGAGGACUGGUGGAGGAAUGAACAAUUUUGGGUUAUCGGAGGCACCUCUGCACAUCUCUUCGCUGUGUUCCAGGGAUUGCUGAAAGUGCUUGCCGGCAUCGAUACAAACUUCACUGUUACGUCGAAGGCAUCUGAUGAUGAUGGUGACUUUGCUGAACUGUAUGUUUUCAAGUGGACUUCGCUUCUGAUCCCACCGACAACCGUCCUUGUCAUAAACUUGGUAGGCGUAGUUGCCGGUGUUUCAUAUGCGAUCAACAGCGGUUACCAGUCAUGGGGUCCUCUCUUCGGCAAGCUCUUCUUUGCACUCUGGGUCAUCGUUCACCUGUAUCCUUUCCUCAAGGGUCUGCUGGGUCGGCAGAACCGCACUCCAACCAUUGUUAUUGUCUGGUCCAUACUCCUUGCUUCCAUCUUCUCCUUGCUCUGGGUACGCAUCGAUCCCUUCACCAAGACCACCCCUGCAAAUGGUCAGUGCGGUAUCGACUGCUAGUCUUUCAUCUCUCUCUCACUCUCUCCCACCUCCCCCCUGAGUGUGUGCGCGCGUGUAAAUAGCAGCAAAAUGCAGAAGCACGAUUUGUUAUAUUAUAUUAUCAGUUGGGGUGACAUUUUGUGGACAUUUGCACCUUGAGAACUCUGUUAGUUUCAGUAUCUUAUGUUUUUGAUAAUUUAUGAAAGGUCCAUUUUUUUUCUUGUCA